CGGACUUCAUCCUCGGCGUUGGUUCUGUAUGGUUCUGUGCUUCCGUGUACCGUACACAGUGUAUGUACAUGACAGAUACGUAUAUGUAUAACUCCGAUCGUUAAGCAAAACGGGAAAUAUAGUAUAAAUGUAAACUGUGAAACGCGUUCAACGCGGAAAUCCCUGUUUCGUGGGAACUUAUGAAUCAAUUCCCAUUAGCGUCGUCAACACAGGAAUAUCAUGACAGACGUGGAAAGUCUGAAGGAAGCAAUCACGCAGUACGAAGAACAGCUGGCACAAGUUCAAGCUACCUUGUCGUCGACGGCCGAGGGUCCCGAUAGAGAGAAUUUGUUGAGCUUAAAGUCCGACAUAGAAGAGCUAAUUAACUUAGCGAAAGAGAGCCUGCAAAGCAUCGAAUCUGGGGACAAUGAGAAUGAUUCUUCCACAGAAAUUUUAAGCGACGACGACGACGAUCCACUUGCAAAGGAAUAUGCUUUAUUCAAGGCAGAACUGGAAAAAGUCUCAGACGAUUCUGAGAAUAAUAAGCAGAAUGAACAAGCUGCUGGAGCUUCCAGUAACAAUAUAGAAGAAGAGUUGAAGCAGCUGGAAGGCAUGAAAUGUAGAGCCCCCUAUGGUAGCAGUUGGGGAGGAGUUGGUUAUCAUAAUGCUAUGAUAUGCUCAGUUUACUGGAUCAACAAUACAAUGGAAGUAAAAAGUAUGCAAGAAAUAAAGGUCAGGGUAUUCUUCCUAAAUCCGACGCACAAAGAAAUGCUCCCGUGCCCUUACUAUUUUGAUGGGAAGUGUAAGUUUUCCGACGAAGAAUGCAGAUUCUCUCAUGGUGAAUUAGUGUUAUUGUCUAGCAUACAAGAAUAUAGGGAACCCGAAUAUCAAAGUCUAAAAAUGGGUAGUAGGGUACUAGCAAAACAGAAGAAUAAACUGUGGCACAGGGGUGUUAUUCUGAAAAUGCCAGACAAAGACGGAGAACUUUUUAGGAUUAAGUUCGAAGCAAGCGGAAACAUAACCGAAGCUUUCAUACAAGAUAUAUUACCCCUCGUUGACGCCGACUUAGAAAUGUCGGAUACAUCUGAUGAUUCGGAUAGCGAAAACGAUACUCCAGAGUAUUCCAAAGAAGAAGUAAUUCACCAGUCCCUUCUCUCGAUGGAUAGUACUGCACCCAUUGGUAAUUGGGAAAAACAUACUCGUGGUAUAGGCAGCAAAAUAAUGGCUCAAAUGGGGUACGUGGUGGGUACUGGAUUGGGAAAAAAUUCCGAUGGUCGAAUAAAACCAGUCGAAACGACAGUAUUGCCAGCUGGUAAAUCCUUAGAUCACUGUAUGGAAUUACGGGCAAACGCAGAAGGAGACAAAAGUUUGUUUUCCGUUGAACGUAGAAUGCGCAAGCAGCAACAAAAGUUAGAACAACAAAGGGAGAGGCAGUACCAAAGAGAAAAACAAAGGGAUGAAAAAAAUGUGUUUAAUUUUAUAAAUAUUACGUUAGGUGAUAAACAUUUUUUCGCAGCGAAAAAUGAAACCCAAACGAGUAACACAAAAAGUAAAAAUGAUCUUAAAACGGAAUCGAAUCGACAGUUAAAUGUAGCAAGUCUACAAAUCGGGGAAAAUAUUUUAAGGGUGGAGAGAGAGUCGUCAAAGUUGAAGGAAUCCUUAGGAAGGCACGCGAAAGGAAGCAUUCAAUACAAUGCUAUUGCAAUGAAAUAUAAUGAAAAACAAAAAGAACUUGUAGAUCUAAGGGCGUCGGAAAAGAAUAUUACUGCUGAACAAAACCAACGGAAGAGUAGAGCUAAAUUGUCCAUAUUUUGAUGUCAUUGAAUUUACAAUUCUAUGUUUCUAAAGGAAAUGGAAAUACACAUGAAAUACCCACAAAUAUGUACAUACAGAAGCAUGAAAAAUAAAUCUUAAAAUUGGAAA